AUGAUGACUAUGGACGUCGGGAUGUACAACAAUCAGCAGAACGGGUACAGCGGCGAGUACUACCAACAGCCGUACCAGGCUUACGAGAACUACCACGACGGGUACUACGAACCGGCACCUCACUAUUACGACCCAACGCUGCCCAGUCAGCCCUUAGAGCAUCCAGCACCUGUGAUCAGCACAGACGCAGGCCUGUGCUACACGAAUUUGGACUAUGGGGACCUGCAACAGAGUUACCCGGUUCACGCCUUACCACCCCAUCCGGAGCCUUUCAAACAUAGAGAUGAUUUGCCCAGACACGAAGAUUUGCAUAUGCAUGAUCACAAGCUGGACAACCAUUAUCUGGAGACGAAGUACAACAUGCACUUCGUGGAUGAAUCGAUGCAAUUCAGCCACACCACUUCACCGUUGCCGUGCGGGGAGUUUGAUCCCUAUCAGCCUAAAGACGAGUUCGGCGGGCUGCGGGAGAGCUUCCCGCGGGAGGGUGAGAUGCAGCACGGUCUGAUGACGCACCAGCCACACUCCUCGCACACUGUGCCCACUUAUAAAUGGAUGCAGGUCAAGAGGAACGUGCCCAAACCUUCUGCCCCAAAACUGAUGAUACCUCCAACCGACUUCACAAGCCAAGGUGUCCUCGGAAGUCCACAGGACGGCCUUCGCACACCAACGGGCAGCCAGAUGCUGGCCAACCCACUACUCAACCUCAACAACACCGGCCGCACCAACUUCACCAACAAACAGCUCACAGAGCUGGAGAAAGAGUUCCACUUCAACAAAUACCUUACCAGGGCACGGAGGAUAGAAAUAGCAUCCGCUUUGCAACUGAACGAGACCCAAGUUAAAAUAUGGUUCCAGAACAGAAGGAUGAAGCAAAAGAAGAGGAUUAAAGAAGGCCUUAUCGUUGCUCCCGAGGUGACUCCAUCCACCGCUUCCCACUCAAAUCCUAUUGGAUCCUGUGAAAAUAGUCGAGAGUCAAGUUAA